UUACACCUUUAGGAGCCUGGCGGAAAAGAGGGGGGGCGGAGCCGAGGACUGCAUGUACAGCUCCUGAUCAUUUCAGUGUGUGUUUGUGUGAGUGACGGGCAGGGCUCGCGGCUCAACUUUGUUUCAUGGGGAGGUCAGUUUCCCACCAUUGUGUUCAGUGACAGUGACGGGGCUGGCAGGGAUCUGUGUGGAGAGCCGACGCUGCAGCUUUCAGGGAGCAGAACAGGAAAAGGGACUCCGUUUCUUUCUGCGUUUGAGGCGCAGAACGCUCUCAAAUCUGGGGACUCUCCGCUUGCCGCUCUGGACUGUAAUUACUUUUCCAUGCUAUGGUUGCGGAGGGCUGGUUUUGAUUUUGAGCGUGAAGGCUUUAGGCCGGGCCUAGCCAGCGGUGCUACUGGAAGCCGUGAGCUACAGGGCGGCUGCAUGUCAUGGGCUGUGUCUUCUCACUGCCAGAGGACAGAAGAGAUGCUGCCGAGAGGCCAGUUUCACAACGAGAGACGAGUUUCAUUGAGAAGAUGAAGAAAACUGGGAAGAACAUCAUCGUGUUCUACGGCUCUCAGACGGGCACAGCAGAGGAAUUUGCCAACAGGCUGUCCAAAGAUGCUCAGCGCUAUGGCAUGAAAGGAAUGGCUGCAGAUCCGGAGGAGUACAGCAUGGGGGAACUGGCUCGUAUGUCUGAGAUCGAGAACUCGCUGGCUAUUUUUUGUAUGGCCACUUAUGGUGAGGGCGACCCCACGGAUAACGCUCAAGACUUCUACGACUGGCUGCAGGAGAACGACGAUGAAGAUCUCUCUGGGCUGAACUACACUGUGUUUGCUCUGGGUAAUAAAACGUAUGAACACUACAACGCGAUGGGGAAAUAUGUGGACAAAAGGCUCGAGGAGCUCGGAGCCAAACGCAUCUUUGAUCUCGGUUUGGGAGACGACGACAGCAACCUGGAGGAGGAUUUUGUGUCGUGGAGGGAGCAGUUCUGGCCGGCCGUCUGCGAGCACUUUGGAGUGGAGGCUUCAGGAGAUGAACUCAGUAUUCGGCAGUAUGAGCUGAAGGUCCACAACGAUCUCAACAUGAACAAAGUGUUUACCGGAGAAAUCGGCCGCCUGAAGAGUUUUGAGGUCCAAAAGCCGCCUUUUGAUGCCAAAAACCCCUUCUUGGCUCCCGUCACUGUCAACCGCAGACUCAACAAAGCAGGGGACCGGCAUCUUAUGCACCUGGAGCUCGACAUCACAGGCUCCAAGAUCAGGUACGAGUCAGGAGACCAUGUUGCUGUUUUCCCCACAAAUGACUCUGCACUGGUGAACAGACUGGGAGAGAUCCUUGGUGUGGACCUUGACGUGGUUAUCUCUCUGAACAACCUUGAUGAGGAGUCAAACAAAAAGCAUCCUUUCCCCUGUCCCACCACCUACCGCACUGCUCUCACGCACUACUUGGACAUCACAAACCCUCCCCGCACAAACGUCCUGUAUGAGCUGGCGCAGUACGCCUCCGACCCCAAAGACCAGGAAAACAUGCGCAAGAUGGCCUCCUCCUCCCCCGAGGGCAAGGCUCUUUACCAGACGUGGGUGUUGGACUCCUGCAGGAACAUCCUGGCCAUCCUGGAGGACAUGCCUUCUUUAAAGCCUCCUGUCGACCAUCUGUGUGAGCUGCUGCCUCGCCUCCAGGCUCGCUACUAUUCUAUCGCUUCUUCUUCUAAAGUUCACCCCAACAGCAUCCACAUCUGCGCCGUGGUGGUGGAGUACUCCACCAAAACGGGCCGGGUCAACAAAGGAGUGGCGACGAACUGGCUGAAAAACAAACUGGUUAACGGCCACAAGUCGACCGUUCCCAUGUUCAUCCGCAAGUCUCAGUUCCGCCUGCCUUUCAAAGCCACGAACCCUGUGAUCAUGAUCGGCCCGGGAACGGGAAUCGCUCCUUUCAUGGGCUUCGUGCAGGAGAGGGGCUGGCUCAAAGAGCAAGGUAAAGAGGUCGGUGAGACGGUGUUGUAUUUCGGCUGCAGACACAAGAACGAGGACUUCAUUUACCAGGAGGAGCUGGAGGAAGCGGAAAAGAGCGGAGUUUUAACCCAGCUUAAUGUCGCCUUCUCCAGGGAUCAGGAUCACAAGGUUUACGUGCAGCAUCUCCUGAAGAAAAAUAAGGAACACGUUUGGAAACUGAUUCACACGGACAACGCUCAUCUCUACGUCUGCGGGGAUGCGAGAAACAUGGCUAAAGACGUGCAGACGGCUUUGUACGAGAUCGCAGAGGAGAUGGAGGGCAUGACACGCACCCAGGCCACAGACUAUAUCAAGAAACUGAUGACCAAGGGACGCUACUCUCAAGAUGUGUGGAGUUAAAGAGCUUUCCAGUUAGCAUCACUCUUAGCCGCUGACGUGGUUGUUUAAAGGUUUCUGUUUUUACAAAUUGUUAUAUUGGGACUGAAUAUUAAAAAAAAAACAAAAAAAAAAGUUUCAACUUGUGCUCAUAGUCACCCUGUCUCGAAAGGACUUGCAGGUAGAGGAGGAUUAAGAGUCAAAUCUACCUCAGCAGGUCUUCACAUUUCCUUACUUCUGGACCUCCAUGUUUAGGGUCAGCAAACUGUUUCCCACUUUAGUUCCCAGGAAACUCUAUCACAAAUGAUAAUUAGAAAUCCAUCCAAACCUGGAUGUGUGAAGUAGGAACCCAGGGGCCACUAUGUCUUAAGAAAGCCCGCCCUUUGCGUCGGCUGCAGCAGCAGGCCGUCGUUUUGGUAACGCCUCCAGGCGGGACGAUGUGUUGAGAUGCAGAGGAUGCGCGUGUUCCCGCUGCAUCUAGAGCAGAAACGUGAAGGGGUGCUGAUCAAAAACUUCUCUUUUAGCUGAUCUUGCAGUGCUUUUAAAAGCACUUUAAAUAUGUAAAAUAUUUUAAACCUUUUUGUGAGGAAAAUGUUUGUAACAAACAGCGUCAUAGGUACAAUUAUGUUUACCUUAUUACUCUGACAUGGGAGUUUGCCUUCAAUGUAGAGGCUGCCGUUCUGUCUGUCUAACCCAUCACGGUAACUUUAGAGGCGCACUGUAAACAAGGCAGACCCAGUAUUCAUUUAAAUAAAAAAACAUGAGAUUAUAUAUAUAUAUAUUUGUGUGUGUGUGUCUUUCCCAAAAGUGGCCUGCUUUAAAAAAAAAAAAAAAACAUUUUUUAAUGUUUGUCCACAGAUGGACUUCAAUCCAGGUGUGACUGAAAAUUCUGUAUGUGACAGCAGACGAGUAAAGAGGUUUAGUGUGUUUGUACACAUGGAGAGAGAUACCCACCGUGUUGAGGAUUUCCUGUCAUUCUUUAACUUGGGCUCCUCCCCGUUCUGAUGAGAUCUUCACUUAAUCAGCUCAGUCAGGAGUUUGAAGAGCAGCCAGUGCCUUUUUUAUACUGUCCUAUGUAUAAAGUUAGCAUCAAAGCCAUGACGGUUCUCUGUCUUUCUAACAGUUUUUUUUUUCCUUCCAUGCUUACAUUUUCAUAGAAAAUUAAAUUUCUUCUGAGACACUCAA